AGGCCCUGAUUGGCUGUGGAGGAACAUUCGGGCCGGGGUGGUCUGGACGCCGAGAGUCAUUCCGGACUCAGGAGGCUCUAAGAACAACGUCGCUGUUCGUGUUUGGUUAAGGGGGAGCAUGUAACCAGCAAACUGGCGCAGAGAGAGAGAGGGUCUAUGACGCUGCCCCGGGACUUGAAAUUGCCAAAUACGAGACGGAAACAUAUCUUUCCAUUCCCAUGAAGAAUCCCUGGUCUAAUCAUCUGGACCAAGACAGCGCUGCCCUCGGGUUCCGUAGCUCUAUGGGUUGGGAGCCGUGACAAGAAAAUUAAAAAUGUUGCCUGGUGACUAGAGCUUCCGUAGCUAGCUUCAUUUUGAGGGCGAGAGCCACUGGGCAGAGAAAAAAAAAAUAUUUAGAUAGGCGAACCCCAGAUUUGACAUUCAGAAAUUCCAGCAUAGCUCUCAAUUUGAAUGUCAACGACUUUUUCGUCAUGUCGCCUGAAGAAAAGCCGCCGUCGUCAGCACAAAGCUCGGAUGGCGAGACCAAGGAGGAGAAGUCACAGGAGGGGGGGAUGGGACAUUUAAUUCGGGUGUUUUCCUAUACGGACUCAAGUUCCUGGGCACUCUAUGGUGUUUCUUUCAUCGCAGCCAUCGCAGCUGGCGCUGCCAUGCCAUUGAUGACCCUGGUAUUCGGUGGGUUUGUAACUACUAUUACGGAUUUCUCUAUGGGAAUGGCAUCGCCAGACGAAUUCCGUUCAGAAGUGAACAAACUUGCGCUUUGGUUCAUAUACCUCUUUGUUGGCAAGUUUGUUCUGACCUAUAUCUUCACGGUGGCUAUUACGAUUGCUGGAAUAAGAACUACCAAAACUCUCCGUGUGGACUUCCUGGAAAAAACCCUCCGCCAGGAUGUCAACUUUUUUGAUUCCUCAAACCAAGGGGCUACCGCAAUGCAUGUAACAACAAACGGGAAUCUUGUUAAUCAGGGCAUUGCUGAGAAGCUGGCCUUGACCGUUCAAGCCACCUCGACCUUCUUUGCUGGGUUUAUUAUAGCUUUCGUUGCCCAGUGGAAGUUAACCUUGAUCGGAAUAUGUAUUAUUCCAGUGAUCAUCGUGACUAUGGGGGUUUGUAUCGCGGUCGAUACAAAGCAGGAAGCAACAGUGCUAGGAUUCUACAACAAAGCUGGUGCAUUGGCGGAAGAAGCCUUCUCGAGCAUUCGGACGGUUCAAGCCUUUUGGGCGCAGCCGCGUUUGGCGAAAUCGUACAAUGAGUACCUGCAGCUUGCGCAUCUAGAAGGGAACAAGAAGUCUCCGAAUUAUGGUGUCCUGUUCUCAACCGAAUUCUUUUGUACCUACUCCGCCUUUGGUCUAAUCUUCUGGCAGGGGGUCAGAUUUCUGUCAAGAGGAGAAAUUGAUGAUCCCGGGACUAUAGUCACGGUAUUGUUUUCCAUUAUCAUAUCGGCAAGUGGAAUUUCACAAAUGGCUCCCCAUACCAUAGCUUUCAGUAAGGCAGCUUCCGCUGCUUCAGAGCUCUUUAAAACAAUUGAUCGCCCCUCUAAAAUUGAUCCCUUAUCGGAGGAUGGUAUUCGCCCAACCGAAUUGAACGGAGAUAUCAAAAUCAAGGAUGUGAAUUUCUCCUACCCUUCGCGGGCUGCUUUUCCCGUUCUGACCGGCUUAGACCUUCAUAUUCCAGCUGGCAAAACUACUGCAUUGGUUGGCCCAAGCGGGUGUGGCAAAAGCACAAUUAUUGCACUUCUUGAGCGCUGGUAUAACCCAUCGAGCGGUACCUUGACUCUCGAUGGUCAAAACAUUGAUCAACUCAACCUCCAUUGGCUUCGGACGAAGAUCCGGCUUGUUCAACAGGAACCCGUUUUAUUCAAUGGAACAGUCUACCAAAACGUUUGUCACGGCCUAGUUGGAACAGAAUCAGCGCACAUGCCAGAAUCCGAGAAGAUGGAGCUUGUUGUCGAAGCUUGUAAGCUAGCAAACGCCCAUGACUUCAUCGAGGAAUUACCAAAGAGUUACCACACCGAAAUUGGAGAGAGGGCAAGCAUGCUUUCGGGAGGCCAAAAACAACGAAUCGCUAUUGCUAGGAGUAUAAUAUCUAAUCCGAAGGUCCUUCUCCUUGACGAAGCAACGAGUGCUUUGGACCCACACGCAGAGAAGGCUGUUCAAGGAGCAAUUGACAGGGUCUCCGAAAAUCGCACCACUAUCGUCAUAGCCCAUAAGCUUGCUACAAUCAGAAACGCGGAUAACAUUGCGGUCAUGGCAGCGGGCAAAGUUAUUGAACAAGGGACUCAUGAUGAACUGGUCGCAGCUGGCGGCGCAUACGCGCAUCUUGUCGGUGUUCAGGAUCUUGGCAGCAAAGCAGAUGGUGAACCAGGGGAAGAAGGAUUUGAGGCAGCGGAAUCUGUUAAGCCAGCGGAGCGUCGUAUCUCGUUGAUGCGAACAACGACAACCAAAUCUUCCAUACGACCUGCGGAUGCCCCCGCGGAGGUAUCUGAGCGCCCACUUUAUGCGAUGAAGCACAGCCUGUUGAAAUGCUUAUUCGUAUUUUUGAGAGAGCAAGAAGGGACGAGAUUUCAGUAUUUUCUUGUCGUGAUAUCUUGUGUCGUGGGUGGUAUAACGUUCCCUGCCCAUGCAAUUCUGUUCUCGCGUCUGGUUUCUGUAUUCACACUUGAGGGCCCAGCCAUGGUAGACAGGGGAGACUUUUUCUCUCUCAUGUUUUUUAUUGUCGCAAUCGGAAACCUGUUGGCUUACUUCAUGCUGGGAUAUGUUUCAAAUCGUAUUGCCCAGGUUGUUACCCACCGAUUUCGCUCGGAAAUAUUUGAAACAAUCCUCGGACAGGAUAUGGAAUUCUUCGACAAGCCAGAAAAUGCUGUUGGUUCUUUAGCCUCCAGCUUGACCACCAAACCGACACAACUACAAGACCUCAUGGGAUUUAACAUGCCCCUAAUGUUAAUCGUGGUCGUUAAUUUAGUCUCGAGUUGUAUCCUUGCACUUAUUGUCGGAUGGAAAUUAGCACUGGUCACCAUAUUCGGCGGCUUGCCGGCUCUGCUGAUCUGUGGGUAUCUUCGCAUCCGACUUGAAAUGAAAUUCGAAUCUCUUACGGGCGAUCGUUUUGCGAAAAGUGCAGCACUCGCAAGUGAAGCCGUCUCAUCUAUCAGAACCGUGGCGUCAUUGGCACUCGAAAACCAUAUUCUCACAAAGUACCAUGACAGUAUGAAUGGAAUUGUCAAGGGCUCCAUACGGAACGUUCUAUGGACAAUGCUUUGGUAUAGUUUGGCACAGUCGAUUGAAUUCCUUGUGAUGUGCCUCGGGUUCUGGUAUGGGUGUCGCCUUGUAUCUUUUAGAGAAUAUUCUACAAGCCAAUUUUUCAUCGUCUUCAUCGGAGUUGUUUUCAGCGGGCAAGCGGCCGCUCAGUUUUUCGCAUAUACUACCAGUAUAACAAAUGCCCACAUCGCGGGAAAUUUCAUAUUUUGGCUGCGCAGUCUCAAACCUAAGAUCCAAGCUCGUGACGAUUCGGUCGAUCCGGAUCUCAACAAGAAACCGCACGGGGACGGUCUCCUUGAACUAGAAAAUCUCGAGUUUGCUUAUCCGCAACGCCCAGACGCUCGUGUGCUUCGCGGAAUAAAUGUUACUAUCCAACCAAGCUCCUUUGCUGCAUUUGUCGGGGCAUCGGGCUGCGGUAAAUCUACCAUAAUCUCCCUUCUAGAACGCUUCUACGACCCCAGCUCCGGCUGCAUAAAAUUCGACGAGCACGACAUCUCCCAACUAUGUCCCCGCGAAUAUCGCCGGGGCGUCGCUCUCGUUCAACAAGAACCGACUCUGUACCAGGGCAGUAUCCGCGAAAAUAUUGCCAUGGGCUUAGAAACGGAGGCAACACAAGAACAGAUUGAGGAGGCAGCUCACCAAUCAAAUGCAUUCACCUUCAUCUCCUCCCUGCCGGACGGUUUCAACACCCUCUGCGGCUCGCGGGGGACACAGAUGUCUGGCGGCCAGAGGCAGCGGAUCGCCAUUGCCCGUGCGCUAAUCCGUGAGCCGAAAUUGCUCCUGCUCGAUGAAGCAACGUCUGCUCUUGAUACAGAUUCUGAAAAGAUAGUUCAGGAAGCGUUGGAAAAGGCGUCAUCGGGCAGGACAACGGUGGCGGUUGCACAUCGUCUAUCGACGAUUAAAGAUGCUUCCGUGAUCUUUGUAUUCGGAAGAGGAAAGGUUUUGGAAUCUGGGACACAUGCACAGUUGUUGGCCAAGAAGGGGAUUUAUUACGAGAUGUGUCUGGCACAGUCGUUAGACCAAAAUAUUCCGCAUAAAGAGGGGUAGAUGGGUUCUAGAUUGGGGCCUCGGUCGUUUCAUAGCGUCCUGUUUAAUUUCUUACUCGUUUUCUUUGUCCAUAUCCUCUAGUUAUCGCUGCUUAUUUUUCUCUUCCCUUUUUAUUUUAAUCUUUGCACAACACCUAGGUUAAUCUCUUCUCCCUUCAUAUAGAUCGGAAUGUCAUACUAUAUCUGAGAUUUCCUUCACCUUUGUUCUUUCCGCCUUCUUACAGCUCACCUGCAACCUACCAUACACACAAUACUUGCACGCCCGCUUGCUCAAUCGCGAGACGAGUCGAUAUCUGUGUAGACGCAACUUUAAUACUUUAUAAUUUCUAUUAUAAUAUGACGUGUAGAGUAGAAUACUAAAACUUAAUAGAAUCAUUCUAAAGUGCUUUUAUAUGAGUAGAAUAUCGCCUCUAAACUUUCCGAGAUGAAGUGUAGAGUGGAAUUAGCAGAAGAAAUGCAGCGCCCUUGGGAGGGCGGAGGGCGGGGCUUUCAGGGGCAACACCAAAAUGAGAUAAAAAAUGC